AGCCGGGUUUGUCGCGUCGAUUCAGCAGCAAUGGCUGGUCUUGCAAAGAGGGUACUUUUGUGGUUUUUCUCUGUUCUCUUUCUUAUACUAGCCAUUUUGUUUUUAUUUGCUUUGAUUGGUUUAGCUAUUGCUGGGUUUGUGGCUGCUCAAAUAUCUGAUCAGCGGUAUGUGGAAGCUUUGGAGAGCUCAAGCGAUGACUUCGAAAUGAUUUGGUAUUAUUUUAUGUUGGCCUCUUCAGUUACAGCCUUGCCAUACUCCAUACUGGGAACUAUCGCUAUUGUACUGCUCGUUGAGGCUAUUAGAAGCAACCCAAGCCACGACAAACGAAAAGUUGACCGUAAUAAAGCCAUGGAAGAAACCGACAGCGGAACUGGCAUCCAUGCUGACAUACAUGAGGGUAAUGUGGAAGGAAAGAUUGAUGUUACAAAAGGAGUCCCUGUAAUUCAUUUCAAGGGUGCUACUUUAGCUCCUGCUUCAUUUGGUUCUGUAAUUGCUGUGUUUUUAUCAAUGAUAUUUUCAGUGAUUGCAAUGCUGUGUGUAUUUUGGGGCAUUGCUAUUGCAUAUGACAAUGCACGUCGAGUCAACAAAGUUGUAUGGCCAUAUAUAGUGGUUGAGUUUAUUGUUGGCCUAGUAAUGCCACUUGCUGUGGUAUUUGCUGCUAUUGUAUUCUCUAUUUACUUGGAGUAUGCUACUAAUGGUAGUGUAGAUCCUCGAGUCCUUGUUACUCGUUUACUCCCAGUUGUCAAGCUUGUCGAAGGAAAGGAAUAUACCUAUUGGAGCAUUCUUGAUCGUUUCUAUUUCCAGUUAAGCCCAAAUGAUAACUUUCGUGAUGAAACGGAGAAAGCAGAAAACAGUGAUGAAACGGAGAAAGCAGAAAACAGUUGUUCUCAGAAAAUUAGCCGAUCACCAUCUACGUGGAUUAUUACUGCUAUUGUAUCCCUUGCAUUUUUGCUGGCUGUCUCAUAUUUUAUGAAUGCUAACAUAACAAGUCAAACUACUUUGCGGUCAUGUCCUCAUACCAGUGUUGAAAUCGAUUGCUUCAAUACGUCAUCACUUGUUUAUGUUGACUGUAACGAUCCAGAUAUAGAACAACUUAACUUUACGUCCCUCCACUGCUUCCGAUUCUUACAAUUUGGUCGUGAUUCUGAUGUGAUUGGUGGUCUUUCUAGAGCAUUUGCUUUCUACUUGGCUACACUUGCUUUCUUCGGUACUGCCUUUCAUGCUGCAAAAAUUCUGAUUGACUUUCAACCAAGUCGUUUAUGGGGAUCUGUAUUUAUUGUUGGUGGCAUUUUGUUAUUUGUAGGUGGCAUAUUGAUCGUCUCAACUGAUGAAGCUGUCCUUCUCAGGAUAGAUAUCAUAAAGAUAUUUCAAUUUUUUAUGGUUGCAUUAUUUGUUUUCCUGAUAGGCCUACUGCUAGUGACAGGCAAGUGGUGGGAACGUGUUCCAGGGACAAAGAACGGAUUAGUCUCACCAGGCAACAUACCAGAAAAGAGGACUUUUAAAGAUGUUGAAAAUGAAGUUCGUGAUACUCCUGUGUAACUAAGAUCAAGAAAAACUGCAGAUAAAGAAUUUUAAAAUUGAAAUAAUAAUUAUUAUGAUUUUUUGCUAACUUUAAUUGAAACAAUUAAUAUUAAACCAAAUACACAUGUUACUAAUCAA